AAAACGUGAGUUGUCUAGUCACUAGUACGUAUCGCUAAUUUCAGAAUUUCAGGUAAUCGACGAGGGUGGAAAAUGCGAAGUUGAUCCCAGACGUCUAUCGCUGGACAAAUUUGUUGCUGCUGUUUUCUUUUUUAUUUUUGCAGACUUCUAUCAUGUAAAGUACCGCAAGUUUCGUGAAACCCAUGAAUGCGCUCUUGCUCAGUACUUACGAAGUUCUCCAUCUCGCUCCAUUCGCCGGACAACACCUCGCAGAAGUCCACGUGAUUUUACAAUUCGACCGUAUUCUCCUACUGGCAUCACUCCAUCAGAUCCUUAUGUUACAAAUUAG